AUGUCGAUAAAGGUGAUUAUUGAAGGGAUCAUAUUGAACAUUAUUAGUGCUUAUGCUCCACAAGCUGUCUUGAGCGAGGAGCAUAAAAGGCGCUUUUGGGAGGAUUUGGACGAGUUAGUGGGUGGCAUACCAUCUACUGAGAAGAUUUUCAUGGGAGGGGAUUUCAAUGGGCACAUUGGGUCUAUUUUGGGAGGUUAUGAUGAUGUGCAUGGAGGUUUUAGCUUCGAGGACAGAAAUGGAGGAGGAGUUUCACUUUUGGAUUUUGUAAGAGAUUUUGGGAUGGUGAUACCCAAUUCGAGAUUCCCUGUUACACCCCACCCUUUUUAA